AUGCGCGCCUCCCUUGGCCGUGCCGGCCACAUCGAUGGCACCAUUACAGCUGCCUCAACCGAGGCGUCAUGGUCGGCGGACGACUACACUGUCCUCAACGUUAUCCAUGCCGCCAUCGACGAGGACGUCGCUGACAUGGUCUUGGCUAGCAACCAGACCGCGCGUCAGCUAUGGCUCGCCAUCUACGAGCUCUUCUCCGCCAACAAGGCCAGCAAAGCAAUCUACCUCAACAACGACUUCCGCCAGCUGGUCCAGGGCACCUCGACGAUCACCGAGUACUGCCGCCGCCAGAAGCAGCUGUCGGACGCCCUCGCCGACAACGACUCCCCUGUGUCCGCCCGUGCUCUCGUCCUCAACACCCUGCGCGGUCUUAGGCCGCGCUUCGCCUCGGCGGCCACGGUCAUCUCCAUGACUGAUCCGCUGCCCUCCUUCCUUCGUGUGUGGAUCAUGCUUCUCAUGCAGGAGAUGCAGCAACCGCCAACACCGCCUCAACUGCACUCGUCGCCCAAGUGCACCCAGCCGCCCAGAUAUGCACUGGCACUGCCUGCCGCGACGAUUCCUCCAACUCCGGCAAGCCCAAGCCCUACUACAAGCUAA